AGCCGCCCCCAUCUGCCUCGGUGGCCGCCCCGGCCGUCCCGCCGCCAUCCCCAUCCGUACCCUACCCCGCUGCCGUCCCCAUCCGCCGGGCCCGCCACCCCUACCCCCCACGCCAGGCCAGAACCCUCUUGUUCGGCGCUCGCGCCCAAGAAGGGCUCCAAGAAGGCCGUCACCAAGGCGCAGAAGAAGGACGGCAAGAAGCGCAAGCGCAGCCGCAAGGAGAGCUACUCCAUCUACGUGUACAAGGUGUUCAAGCAGGUGCACCCCGACACUGGCAUCUCGUCCAAGGCCAUGGGCAUCAUGAACUCCUUCGUCAACGACAUCUUCGAGCGCAUCGCCAGCGAGGCCUCCCGCCUGGCGCACUACAACAAGCGCUCGACCAUCACGUCCCGCGAGGUGCAGACGGCCGUGCGCCUGCUGCUGCCCGGCGAGCUGGCCAAGCAUGCCGUGUCCGAGGGCACCAAGUACACCAGCUCCAAGUGAGGCGCGCCGGCCACCUCAGAACCCAAAGGCUCUUUUCAGAGCGGCCUCUGGGCGCAGAAGGGAGCGUG